AAAACCUUCUUUCCCUUCGUAUUUAUCCAUUUCUUUAAUCUUCGCCUCAUCUCCCUCUUCCACAAAGCGAAACGAAGACUUCUUCUUCUCUUUGUUCAUUUAGCUCCUCUUGCAAUUGCAAUAGCAGUUUGGUUUUCUGAUUGGGUUAAGAUCUUUGAUCCUAAUCUCUGAUCUGAUACAAAUCUAGGGUUUUAGGCUCCGAUUUCCUCAAUGAAUUUAGAUUUUCUAUGACAUACACCAUCCUCAUGCGUCGAAUUCGUUUGGUCCACUCGUUCUCGGUUGUAUUUCUGUACUGGUUCUACGUUUUCUCAUUGAAUUAUUUCCAGAUGUAAUUGAAAAUCUGUGUUUCUGAUUGCUUAUUCCUCAAAUUUUUAGUAGUCUAACUCGUAGAACCCUAAUUUUCCGUGAAUUUCACGAUUUUCGUUUCCUAAUUCAUUAAAUUAAGAAUUAAAACCCCCGAUUUGGUGACUCUUUUUUGGGGGAAAAUAUACUAAUGGCUUCGAUUCAAGGACCUGCGAGCUCUGGAUCCGACGGCGACCCGAGAUCCGCAACGUUCGACGAGAGGAAGAGGAAGAGGAUGCUCUCGAACCGUGAAUCGGCGAGGCGGUCCCGGAUGAAGAAGCAGAAGCAGGUGGAGGAUCUGACUGGCGAGUUGACCCGGUUGCAGAUCGCGAAUUCUCAGCUGUUGCAGAGCAUCAACGCCAAGGAGCAUGCCUACUUGGGAAUCGAGUCCGGGAACAACGUUCUCAGGGCUCAGGCGAUGGAGCUGACCGAUCGCUUGCGGUCCCUGAACUCCGUGCUUCAGAUCAUCGAGGAGGUGAGCGGGCUCGCCAUGGAUAUCCCGGAGAUACCCGACCCGAUGUUGAACCCGUUGCAGUUCCACCGUCCGAUCAUGGCGUCCGCUGACAUGUAUCUGCUUUGAUCAAAGCGAUCAAGUAGCGUACGAACAUCAUCAGCAGCUCUUUCCUGUGCGAGUCAUUUUGUCGUCUAGAUUUACGUGGUUUUUUAGCUUUACCUGGUGUCGUUUUAAAUAAUGUCGGUGCGCUAUGAAGCGCGAGCUUGAUAUGUGUAUGUGGGUCGUCUUGGUUCUCUCUCUCUCUGUUUGGUAUGUAAAAAGAGUUUAUAUAUCAUUUUGGCAUUGUCGUUUGAUUCCUA